AUGCCUACCCACGUCGAGAACAUCGCCUCGGAGCAGGUGCACAGCCAGAUCCAGCACCUCAUCCACGAGCUCGUCAACAUCAAGGACACGACGGGCGAGUUCCUCAUGACCCUGGCCGACGGGCAGGUCAUUGACACCAAGGGCUGGAACGACUGGGAGUGGACGCACGGCAUCGGCCUCUACGGCAUCUGGAAGUACUACGAGCUGACCGACGACCCGCAAUGGCUCAAGAUCAUCGAGGACUGGUUCCAGGCCCGGUUCAAGGAGGGCCACAAGGGCAAGAACAUCAACACCAUGGCCGUCUUCCUCACCCUCGCCUGCGUCUACGAGAAGACGGGCAACCAGACCUACCUGCCCUGGCUCGACAGCUGGGCCGAGUGGGCCUACCACGACCUGCCGCGCACCAAGUUUGGCGGCUUCCAGCACAUCACCUACCUCGACGUCAACGAGCAGCAGCUGUGGGACGACACCCUCAUGAUGACCGUCAUGCCCCUCGCCAAGAUCGGCCUCAUCCUCAACCGGCCCCACUACGUCGAGGAGGCCAAGCGCCAGUUCCUCCUACACAUCCAGUACCUCUUUGACCACAAGUCCGGUCUCUUCUUCCACGGCUGGACUUUCAACGAGGGCGGCCACAACUUUGCCGACGCCCGCUGGGGCCGCGGCAACGCCUGGGUCACCAUUGUCAUCCCCGAGUUCAUCGAGCUGCUCAACCUCCAGCCCGACGACCCGCUCCGCGCCCACCUGCUCAGCACCCUCGUCAGCCAGAGCGAGGCCCUCGGACCCCUGCAGAUGCCCAGCGGCCUCUGGCGCACGCUGCUCGACGUGCCAGAGGAGGAAGGGUCCUACGUCGAGGCGAGCGCGACGGCCGGCUUCGCGUACGGCCUGCUCAAGGCGGAGAGGCGCAAGUACAUUGGACGGGAGCACAAGCCCAUGGCCGUCAAGGCGAUACGCGCCGUGCUGGACAAUAUCACACCCGAGGGCGAGCUGCUAAACACGUCGUUUGGUACGGGCAUGGGCCACGAUCUGCAGCAUUACAAAGAUAUCCCACGCACAAGCAUGCCGUACGGGCAGGCCAUGGCCAUGAUGGCGCUGGUCGAGUUUCUGAGGGCGUAUGUGUAG